AUGGACGGGGAAUGGACAUUGAUUGAAACCAAAGUCAAGCGUAAAGGGAGCCUCGAUUAUGCCCUGGACCACGACUAUGUCGUUGUCAAUACGGCGCGCGUACCAACAACUCGUACGCCAAAAAAUACCACCGAACGCCCCUCUGCCUUGUGCACGACGCAGACCCCCGCGACUAAAUUCCUCGAGUUAAAAGAGUUCCCACGUAAGCGUAGCCGGGAAAAUACAAAAAUGUUUCGCGACAGAGAGCAGAAAAACAAGCGAGCAGUAAUGAUCCUGGACAAUUAUCAAUUGCUCUGCAAGUAUGCAGAGGCCAAUGGCAAAACGGUAGCACAGACCCGAAUGUACUUUCGGAAGGUGGCUUGUGGCCUCGACGCUGAGCCAAUCAUAGAGAACUGGCUCAAUGAUGACGAUAAAGCCUGA